UCACAUUAUUAACACAUCCAUCAGAACUAAGCGAAAGACAAUAGCCAAAGAUGAGCGAGAUCAAAGCCAGACGCGUACUCCUCCUUUCUAUCAUAUUCCUCUUCUUCUUCUCCGAGACUCUUCUGUUGUGUUCAGCUAACGAGCAUGGCUCAAGGAAUCUUGCAGUGGUCAUGAGAAAACAGAUAAGAAACAGAGGGCCUCGCAACUCAACAUCCGCAGCUUCAACUAUGAUGUUGCCAAGCUCCUUUCAUAUUGGUGCUGCUUCUUCUUUCCUCCUCGCUCUCCUUUUAUAAGUUCCGUUUGUAGUGAUCGUGAUUUACAUAUUCAGAGUUAAUAUGCUUUUGUCUAUUGUAUUGAUUUAUGUAAAUGUAUCAAACAGUCUCAAACUCUGUUAUUGAUAUCUGUUUCAUUAUA